UCCUCAAUUAUGGUUCAGUGAAGGUCUUUAUAUUUCUGAAUGGGAUACUUAGAGGAUACUGGGACAGAUGUGACAAUUCAUUGCUCGAUGUAUUUCCGGAUAUUGUCGAAAAAUACAGGCUCACGUUAAUUACGCCUUCCAAAUACUCACAACCUCCAGGGGGCGCUAUUUAACUAGGAGCGUGAGAAGUCGCGAAAGAGAGAGAUGGAGGAAGUGAGAGGAGAAACCGGCAUUAACGCUUCACUGCUCCUCCGCACCACACACGCAUUCUUUGAAUAGAACAGUUUCUCUCAACCGUAGAACCUUAUUUAAAACAAUAUGUUUUUUUAAUCUCUAAACCCACAGGUUUCUUAAUAGUUUUGAAGGAGCCCCACCUGCUACCUCGCCCUCUUCCUUUGUCUCAGGGUAUCUCCAGCGCCGAAGAAGAAGAGGAGGAGGAGGAGGAGGAGGAGGAGGAGGAGGAGAAUGAGAGGGGUGUACCUGACACUCACAGCCGCACAUCGUUGCUCCUCUCCGGCAGAAACAGAAACACUCCCGUCUGCUUGUCACCCCGGUAGUUACACCGGAGCACCUUGAUUGUUGAACGGGCGAACUGCAACUAAAUAAGUGUUUUUUAGGAAAUCGCCCAGAAAUAUUUUUGUUUUCCUCUUACGAAUUUCACUGGACUACACUUGAGAAGAUGCUUCUUCUUGUGCUCACCCUGCUGGUGGGCAUGACCGGGGCAGCGGGCCCGGCAGCGGACAGGAGCUGCUCCGACCUGCGUCAGUUCUACACCGGGAAGGGUUUCACGCUGGCUGGGGUACCUCAAACGGAGACCUCUGGUGAACACCUGAGGACGUGUCCACAGGGUCCGACUUGUUGUACCAACAGCAUGGAGGAAAACCUAGAGGGUCUGAGUGCGCGAGAGACAGAAGCUUUGAUCAGGGAGGCCGGCAGGUCGCUGCAGGCCUCCUUCAAUACUCUCUACAGAAGCUUUGACACGUAUUUUACAGAACUUCACAGUCGUUCCGAACGCUCCCUUCAGGAAGCUCUCUCUCCCCUUGGCCCCCUAUACUCUCAGAAUACAAGACUCUAUGGGGAUUUGUACUCCGACUUGAGACAGUACUACCGUGGCUCUGCUCUUAACUUGGAUGAGACGUUGACUGAAUUCUGGUCACGCCUUCUGGAGCGCACCUUCAAGAGCUCCACCCCCAGAGAUGUCACCCUGUCAGAAGACUACCUGGAGUGUGUUGCUAAGCAACAGGAGACUUUGCAACCAUUUGGAAAUGUCCCACGGGACAUGAAAGCAAAGGUCAUACGGGCUUUUGUCACAGCCAGGUCAUUUGUCCAGGGUCUGAUCGUCAGUGGAGAGGUCGUCAGAAAGGUCUCACAGGUUCCUCUGAGUCCAGAAUGUGUGAAGGCCUUGAUGAAGCUGGUUUACUGUCCACAUUGUCGUGGCCUUGCCUCUGUCAAACCAUGUGCCAACUACUGUUCCAAUGUCAUGAAGGGCUGCCUGGCUAACCAAGCUGAUCUGAAUCCCGAGUGGCAGAAUCUUAUUGAUACCAUGAUCCAGGUGGCGUCCAGUUUCAGCACAGACCCCAGCUUGGAUGUGGUUCUGUCCACCAUUCCUGCUCAGAUCUUUGAGGCUGUCCACCAACUGCAGGAAAACAUUGACACAUUUACAGCCAAAGUGUACCAAACAUGCGGAACUCCAGGUGAACCCGGCACAGGAAGUCCCACAUUUCAAGAGCCAAAGAAAAAGAAGAGCGGCUCUCUGACGGCCUCAGAAUACAAACCCUCUCCCACUGCAGGCCUCAGACUUGAGAUGCAGGUGUCAGAUCUCUCCAGUAAAUUAAGGGAGAUGAGGCAGUAUUGGCUCCAGCUCCCUGUCGCACUUUGCAGUAAAUUGGCAGCAGGCGGAACCAAUCAGGACAAAUGUUGGAAUGGCAUAACCAAAGCCAGGUACCUUCCUGAAGCGAUGGGUGAUGGCUUAGCCAACCAGAUCAACAAUCCAGAGGUGGAACUUGACAUCACUAAGCCAGAUAUGACAAUCCGUCAACAGAUCAUGCAACUAAAAAUUACGAGCAACAGAUUAAAAAAUGCUCUGGAUGGCAAUGAUGUGGAUUUCCAGGAUGCAAGUGAUGACAUCAGCGGCUCAGGAAGCGGCAUGUGCCUAAGUGGCCAGUGUCCUCGGAGUAGACCAGGAUUGUACGCCUACCCUGCAGACAACAACCAAGUCACUGGUGCAGCCACGUGCCAAAGCCGACUGUGUCGCCGCCUACCACUGCUCUCACUGGCUGUCCUGCUACUUUGUCGAUGACGCGCUACCGUCUGCCUGACCCUGAAGUCCAGAGAAGGACUGGACCAUGGGAUGGGUGAAUUGAGUUCAGUGGAAUGAAGAUUGAAUUGCAACUUUACAAAAAAAAAAAAGAAUGAGUCUUUGACGAGAAGGCGAAACACUGGCUCCUGUUUUUCUCCAUUCUACUAUAGUUUGAUUCCGUCCUUUUGUUGAGCUGGUUUCAAGGAAUUUCCAGGAAGGGAAUCAUGAACAGAGUGAGACACAAUGGAGAGAGUGGUGAUGAAAAGACUGACAACUGAUGUUGAAGAAUGGAAUGUGGGUUAUAAGUUAUGGACUUCUUACAAGGUCCUGUCAAUAGGGACUGAGUUCAGUGACAAAUGCUGUGUUGGCCCUUUUUGUUAUGCGUUCAUCGAGGCUUUUUCCAUUUCAUUUUAUUUUUCUACCUGGUGUCAUGGAUGUGUAUGUGACCAAAAUUGUGUAAGAUGUAAAUGUAUGUAUGUGUGUCUUCCAUUCACUGUAUAGUACCUUUGCAUACAUUGGCUACCAGACUGGCACCAUAAUGAGCCAUGGAUGUGCAGUGCAUAUAUUUUAGUUUAAAAACUGUAUUGGGAAUGACCCCGCCCCCCAUUACCUGUGAUGUAACUGUCAAGAUUUUGUGGUGUGUGGUGGCUGAACAGAUAUUUGGUCUCGGAUUUAUUGACAUUGCUGCAGAAAAAUAAUCACCUUCUUUAAACGUGCGAGAUGUCGUGACUGCAAAUGUUACAGUUCAUCCACGGAUUCCGGGACGUCAUCAUCAAACACUUUUGAGCAAAGCACAGACUAGCAGUUUCCUGGAAUCCAUGAUUUUAUCUUGCUGUGAUGGACAACCCCCCCCCCCCCCCCCCCCAAAAAAAAAAAAAACAUUCACAUUAUUCCACUUCUGGCUGACACACUGAGAGCAUGUCUGAACACACACGAAAAAACUCAAAGGGAUUCUUCGCUGACUUCACGCCUCCCUUAAUCCACCGAUCCAUAUGACGUUUCAGAAGCGACACAUCAGAAUUAGCGGAGGAUAAAGGCAAACCAAAGCAUUUCUUACUUUUUUAACACUUGACUGAAUACACUACCCUGAUUAUUGUGAGUAUUUUUAACAGCGAAUAAAAGAAAAACAAAAGCGUUCACGCUAAAAAGGAGCACACAAUCAUUUGAGAAGAUUUUACCUUGAUGCCGCAAGGAGCAAGCAACCCAACAAGUAUAAUGAAACCUUUAUGAAUUAAUUUCUUGCAAACGUUUUUUUUUUUUUUUCAUGCUUUCGGCAUUUAAUUGUUGUACUUGUUCAUGUCAGUUUUUGUGCUUAUCCUCGCUCAGGGUGACGGAUGAGUUGGAGCCUAUCCCAGUUCACUUUGGGCGAGAGGCAGGGUGCACCCUGGACUGCCUGCCCGUCAGCCACAAGGCACAUCGAGACAAGCAACCAUUCACACACACAUACUCACACCUGUGGACAAUAGAGAGUCUCCAAUUACCAUAACAUGCAAGGUUUUGGACUGUGGGAGGAAAGUCAAGUGCCCGGAGUAAACCCACGCACACAAACAUGGGGAAAAGCCUGCAAACUCCACAUAAACGCCGGGAGUACACGAAGACUCCACAUAGAGAGGUCUGAGCCAAGAUUUGAACCCAGAAUGUCCUCGCUGUGAUGCAGAUUUGUCAACCACAAGCUCUGAUGUGCUAACUACACGCUCCACUGUGCCGCCCUAGUUUCAAAUAUGACACAGUACACAGAAAAUACAUUUUUUUUUGCAGAAUGUUGACUGUUUUCAUGCCACAAAAUACAGAAAAUCUGUACUAGGCCUGCCUUUAUUUGGGUCUUUAGGACUCGAUACCGUGAUUCCCCUCUCAUACACAUGGAGUUAAAGUGACAUGUGUAUGUAACUGUUUUUAUUCUUUUUUAAUGUGUUCCGAAUCACAAAUCCCACGCAUUAAACUCUGAUUGUAUCAGUCAAUUUUGUCACGGAUGAGUGUUUCUACAAUAAUAACCGAUGGCAGAGCAUUUGGAGCGAGGAUCGAACCGUACCUUCUGCCUUUAAAGGUAGCAGCUGUACCAUGACACCACCAGGAAUGAACAGAUAACUUCUGCCAUUUAUUUCUCAUUCUGCUGCAGGCUGUCAACCAUCGAGGCAAAGAGUGCAGUGUCGGAUUACACAUCUCUUUUUUUUU